UCAGGAAACAAUUUUUAGCCCAAUUCAAACAACUGAGUAAGAUAUUGCAUCCAUCCAAUUCCAAGAUUAACCUUUUCCCCUUUCAGAACUCCUUCUCUUCCUAGUUCAUCUUUUAUUGGCCUUGCUUUUUAAAAAUUCAAAAUGUUUUGUUUUACUAUAUUCUAAUGUACUUGUAAACUGCUUCAAAUCUCAGAUCCCUUGUGGGAUGUGAACCUAAAUAUCUGUAUUUGUAAACUGCUUCAAAUCUCAAAUCCCUUGUGGGAUGUGAACCUAAAUAACAAACAGAAAAGGUCUCUAAAAUAAAAGAUAUGUUUUGAGAAUGGAGCAUUUCAGUGGGAAAACGCAUGCCAUAGUAAACUAUGUGUGUAUUCAGGAAGACGAAGGAAGACAAAGAGUUUUAAAGGAAAAAAAAAUGAGGAUGGUUACACAUUGUUUUGAAAUAAUUAUCUUAGCUACAAAGGUCAAUAACAAGGGUGACGUCACUUAAAGGUUGGACAGGCAGUUUCUGGGCAGACAUCCUUGCAGAGGUUUUGUAUAAGGUCGCGAUGGUCUUUGUGCAACGUUGUGGUUUUUACAGUCUUUGUUUUCAGGCAUACAAGCAUGAGUACCCUCUCUUCAUAGCCUUUCCUGGCUCUAUUUGUCAGAGUUUUUGUUUGUUUGUUACCCAAAUGCAGUAAGUCAGUACUGAUUGGAUCUUGGCUCAAGUGAAAACAUCUACUUACAAAAAUGGCAAGAACAACUGAAGACAAUUUUUGUAAGCAACGUUGUAUUCUACAUUCAUUUUGCUUUGGUUUUAAUUUUUUUAAUUGACAAAUAAUAACUGUCAUAUUCAUUGGGUACAUAGUGAUAUUUCUAUACAUAUGGAAUGUAGUGAUCAGGUUAGGGUAACUAGCAUAUCCAUUAUCCAACUGAGGACAUCUAGUAUGGCCCAGGUAUUAAAUAGUAUUAGUAAACGAUUGUUAAUUUUCUGAAGACUUGGUAAUAGUAUUAUGAUUAUGAAAAAAAGUCCUUAUUUUUAGAGAUGCACACUGAAGUACGCAGGGGUGUGGUGUCUCAUCUGCAACUUUAGGAUGAUUCAGCAAAAAAAAAAAAUUUACAAGCAUUUAUGUAAAGAUAAAGCAAAUAUAGCAAAAUGUUGUGUUGAACUGUUGAGGCUGGGUAUUGGGUGGUAUUGAAUUAGGGUGGAUAAAUCUAGAGACUGUUGUUAUUUUUGCCGCUGUUAUUAUGACAUCACCAGAAAGCUGGAAUUAUUCCCACGCUAAAGCACCCUGAAAUCUCGCGACACUACGGCCUGGUGGCGCGCGAAACGCGGUGGGCGGGGCUGGGGCGAAAACCACUGACUUCCGGCUACGCCGUUGUCUGGGUGGCGCGGUCGAGUCAUCGCAGGGCCUCACCGCUUCGUUCUCCCGUUCCUCCCCGCGCCUUGGCGCGGGGGGUCGACUAGCCAAGUGAGUUGGGAGGCGACUCGGACCUUUCCCUGCAUUUCGUUUCGGCCAGUGCCGGGGGCUACCCGCCCUGGGGCCUGGGAUCCUUGGGGCCCGUGAGGCCCACUCUUAGCGGCCGGGGCCUACCGCGGCCCGCCGCUGGCCCUCAUGAGGCAUAGCCUGACCAAGCUGCUGGCAGCCUCGGGCAGCAACUCCCCAACCCGUAGUGAGAGCCCGGAGCCGGCUGCAACUUGUUCGCUGCCCUCUGACCUGACCCGGGCUGCAGCGGGGGAGGAGGAGACGGCGACGGCCGGAUCUCCCGGCCGCGAGCAGCAGUUUGGCGACGAAGGGGAGUUGGAAGCCGGGAGGGGGAGCCGCGGCGGCGUGGCCGUGCGCGCGCCCUCGCCCGAGGAGAUGGAGGAGGAGGCGAUCGCCAGUCUCCCGGGGGAAGAGACGGAGGAUAUGGACUUUCUGUCUGGGCUGGAACUGGCGGAUCUCCUGGACCCCAGGCAACCGGACUGGCACCUGGACCCCGGGCUUAGCUCGCCGGGGCCUCUCUCCUCGUCUGGCGGAGGCUCGGAUAGCGGCGGCCUGUGGAGAGGGGACGAUGACGAUGAGGCCGCGGCUGCUGAAAUGCAGCGCUUCUCUGACCUGCUGCAAAGGCUGUUAAACGGUAUCGGAGGCUGCAGCAGCAGCAGUGACAGUGGCAGCGCCGAAAAGAGGCGGAGAAAGUCCCCAGGAGGAGGCGGCGGUGGCGGCAGCGGUAACGACAACAACCAGGCGGCGACAAAGAGUCCCCGGAAGGCGGCGGCGGCCGCUGCCCGCCUUAAUCGGCUGAAGAAGAAGGAGUACGUGAUGGGGCUGGAGAGUCGAGUCCGGGGUCUGGCAGCCGAGAACCAGGAGCUGCGGGCCGAGAAUCGGGAGCUGGGCAAACGCGUACAGGCACUGCAGGAGGAGAGUCGCUACCUACGGGCAGUCUUAGCCAACGAGACUGGACUGGCUCGCUUGCUGAGCCGGCUGAGCGGCGUGGGACUGCGGCUGACCACCUCGCUCUUCAGAGACUCGCCCGCCGGUGACCACGACUACGCUCUGCCGGUGGGAAAGCAGAAGCAGGACCUGCUGGAAGAGGACGACUCGGCGGGAGGAGUCUGUCUCCAUGUGGACAAGGAUAAGGUGUCGGUGGAGUUCUGCUCGGCGUGCGCCCGGAAGGCGUCGUCUUCUCUUAAAAUUUUCUUUUUUAGGUGAUUUCCUUCCUGCCAGGCUCCGUUGUAGGGGUUACAGAACAGUCGUUCCCGCCUCACAACCUGUGGAUACAGCUGUUGGGGCAGAAGAGACGGGACCAGCUGCUGGCCACAUUUCCUGCUUUAUUUUAAAAGGUAGUAUAAGAAAUGAGGAAAAAGAGGUAAUAUCAGGGCUUCUGCUGUUUUUUAUUUUUAACAUGUUCAUAAUUAAAAAGUAUUUUCCAGCAGUCCAAAGAUGUAAGUUAUCUUACACAUAAAAUGUUUUAUUUUGUUAUUUGGUUAUGAAAAUGGAAUCCUUGUUCUUGCACAACUGUAAAUGUUUUGUUGCUAGAUAAUACGAUUUGAGACCUGAAUUGGUCUUUGGUUUCCAGUGCAUCACAGCAUAUUUUGUAAAAUCAUCUACUACUGCACUUGAGCAUGAAUGGGUAGUAGCCAAACUCACAAAUUGGAGUGAUGAACCUGCUUAUACCUAAGGGCAGGAGCAAGCCCCUCACAAUGCAGCUGCAUGGGUUUUUAGUGCCUACUGAAUUAUAUAUAUAUAUAUAUAUAUACAUAUAUAUAUAUAUAUAUAUAUAUAUAAACCAAAAGUAGUUGGAAAGAUUAUUUGAAAUGACUAAUUUGUGCUAUCUUUAUGAAAUAUGUUAAAUGUAGCUUUUUUGAAACAGAAGCCUUGAAUUGAAAUUUAACUAAUACUUGAACAUUUUGUAUAUAUUUCUUUGUAUAUAAUUUUGUGCAGUACCAAUGACAAAAAUAUGGUGUCAUAAUAAAACCAGGUUUGUUGAUCUUUUAGUUAUGGGCUCAAAGAAUUUAUUCAUCUCUAACAUGACAUUGGAAAAUAAUGGAUGAAAAUAGGAAAAAUGAUUGUUAAUGCUGACUGUGGGUCUUAAAAGGUUCUGGAAAGCAGUAAGUUCAUUUUUCUAAAAACUAUAACAUUCUGUUGGAGUAUUUUCUUCCUUACGUCAAUACUUUUCCUGCAUUAUUUGAAAUUGUGGGCUGGGGAGAAACAGUAGUCAAAGCUUCCUGAAUUGAGAUACUUUGAAAUUCCAAGUGUAGAUUUUUAGAAUGUCAUUUUAUAAAUGGCAGUUUUUGGAAUUACUUGAUAAGAACUUUUGAAAAUGGAAGGAUUAGUAUGGCCUAUUUUUAAAGCUGCUUUGUUAGGUUCCUUAUGUUUUAUUAACUGUCUUUUCUCAGUUUCCAUUUCAUUUUUUUUUUUUCUAGUUUUGGUGACUUAGUGAUUUUGUCAUUUUUUACAUCAACUUCAUGGUCUUGUUUUUACAUGGUAAUUGCAUGUAUUUAGGAUCUAUCUAAUAGGGGCUUUAAAUAAAUUUGGUCAUAUUUAUGUGUAAGCACAUUUUACUGUAAAUGUUUGGGUUUCUGAAUUUAAACAGAUCUGUUUAUUUCAGUAUGUAGUAAACAAUAUCUUAAAGUGUCCGAUUCACUACUUGUUAAUUAAAAAAGUUAUGAUUAAUGUGAAACUGUUGUCUUACUAUUUUUAGAAAAUUGUGUUCUGGAUGAUUAGCACAUGGAUAAAGGAGAUUUCUGGAAUAUAAAAUGGAUUGUUUUUGAAAUUUCUAGGUUUGGCUCUAUUUACUGUAAUGGUUGAAAACAAUUUAGCAUUUGGGUGACCCUUUUGUUUUUCUUCUAAAUGUGCCUCUGGUAAAAUACAGAACUAGACUAAAGAUGUAGCUUUUUAAUAUUUGUCUUUUGAUGGUGGCAGGAGUUCAUACAUUAAUUGAACUAACACAUCAUAUUUUGACCUACUAUUUCUAUCAUAUUGACUUACUGUUUCUGCACUUCUUUGACCAGACUUAUCUUAAAAAGUCCACUUUUGUUAAAAUGUAGUCACACCUCUGAUAUAAUCCAACAAAAAGUGUUCAAAAUAUUUUAAAUAUUUGUGCAUUUUAUAAUCACUAAAUUAAUCUCUCUCUCUUCUCUUUAAACAGCUUAGCAGUGUCUGCAAAAACGAAUCUUUUCCUACAACCUGUUAACUGACUGGACUGUUGGUAACAAAGUAAUUGUGAGAACCAUGUCGGUCAAAAAUUUGGCAUCUGCUGAAAAAAAUGAAUGCCAUUUUCAAGUUCCCAAAUUACUUCUAUACUGAUUUCACUUUCCAGAAAUGGAGAUAUGAAAAGAUUCUCUGGAAUCCUUGAAAGACUUAAUAGAGAUACAUGAGACUAAGUUAAUCUUGGAACAAAAUUAUACUUUUUUUGUCUUUCAUGGGAGUGAUACUCAGUUAUUGCAUAUCUUUACAAAAUUGUAACCUUUGGAGAAUUACAGUAUUUCAUCAAGAAAUUAGAGUUUUUACAUAAUCAAGAGCAUAUUCUAUGGAAUUAACAUUUAGUGGACUAGAAUUACAUAAGCAGGCCAUCAGUGAUCACAAGGCAUAUGAGUUUGUAUUUAUUUCCUGGAACAUGAGAGCUAAUUUGGAGUACAGACAGACACCCUGCUGAGUAGAAUAUAAAAGUUAAUGUAAAGUUCUGAACUAUAAAGAGUAGUCCUUUUAAAUAGAUGCAUUGAUUUGUAUAUCUUUGAAAAAGUUGAUUAUGAUUAAAUGUGUGGGUAGUUAAUUACAAUUUAGGGUAACAACCAGGAUGUAUGGAUUCUUGAGGUUUUGGCUUCUUGAGCUUUCUCUUGAGUACUUGAUACUGUUUUCUGAAUAUUUUGAGGUUUCUAAUUAAUGGUAUGCUAGUUUCUACUGUUUUAUAUAAAAAUUUAUCUAGUGUUGUAUAAGGACUUUAGUAUUGUGGAUGAUGGGAGUGGCUUUUUGUGGCAUAUGGUUGUUUUAAUUGAAAUAUUUUUUCAGUUUAUUACAAGUGUGAAAAAACACUCAAAACUCUGGAUUGUUUUAUUUCAUUUUUGUUGGAUUAUGUUAAUACAUUCCUUCACGUGAUUUAGAUUGAGUCAUUUUAUCUCACUUGGAAAUGUGCAGCUGAUAGAAGAGGGAUUGGGUAGGAGAUUGGCUUUUACUUCAUAAUAAAUAUACAGUUGGUUAUUGUAUUAUUCAAAACUUAUUAAUUCCAUUCAGUUUCUUACCAUUUUAAGUGUAUUCAGUGCCUGUGAAGCCAGGCAGCAAAGAGUAUUCCCACUGGCUUAAAACUUAAGCGCUGAUGCUCCUACAGUACAGCUAGUUAUAAUUCCAGAACCAAAGGCACCAACAUUAUUUGGUGACCUUAACUACUACUUUGAUAGAACAGACUGGGUAAUUCACUGAUAAUGAGUCAUUAUCUUUUUAAUAUGUGAUUAUCUAGUUCAGCAUUUUGAAUGUGUAGUUUAAGGUCUGAUUUAGUAAAAUUUUAAAGCUAAAUAAUCUGAUGACUCUUGAAAGUUUAAUUGGUAGUAUGACAUUUAUGUUUUUUUCCCCCAGACUCAUAGCCAAUACAAAGUUUUGAGACUCCUAAAUGUUAAUAUUUUUGCUGUUUUUCUGAGCUGUUUUUUUAUUUACUUACCACCUAAGCUGCGGAUCAAAAAGGGAAUUCUUCCAUUAGAAAUUUGUAGUGUUAUGUGUGGCCAGCACAGUAUUUUUCAGAUUUGAAUUUCAGUACCUCUAUGUGUAGCCUCAGUACUCUCAACACCAGUCACUCUUUAUUGUCUUAAAAUAUUCCAUACUUUUUGUUGACCCAAAAUUGUUGAAAAUAUUUUGCUCAGUUUUCACAAUGAACUAAUUGAAAAGUGUAGUUACUGUGUUGUAAACAUUUGUGUAGUUCUGUUAAUACACUGAUUUGAAUUUUAUUUAUCUCAA